AUGCAGGUGUCUCUCGCGCUCCUCGUCUCCAGCACGGGGCUGCUGCUGCUACAGGGAUGUUGUACGGUCGUGCAAGGAUGGAGGGUACUUAAAAACGAUGCUACAGAAAUCAUACCAGAAUAUACUGAAAACGCACAGCCUCCCGAGCAACCAAUACUACAGGCUUCUAAUAAUAACAGUAAUACAAUGAAUCGACCAAAACACGGGGGAAGAAGAUCAUCAGCAAACACAGCCUCUUAUAGUGCCUCGGAGCUGAGCUGCAGGGAGCUGCGCUCCACCCGUUACAUCACUGACGGCUCCUGCCGCAGUGCCAAGCCCGUCAAGGAGCUGGUGUGCUCGGGUCAGUGCAUGCCCGCCCACCUCCUACCCAACUCCAUCGUGCGCGGCAAAUGGUGGCGGAGCAGCGCCUCUGACUACCGCUGCAUCCCGGCCCACUCCCGAACCCAGCGGGUGCAGCUGCAGUGCCCCAACGGCAACUACCGGACUUACAAAAUCCGCGUGGUCACCUCCUGCAAGUGCAAACGCUACAGCCGCCACCACAACCAGUCAGAGGCCAAGGAGAGCUCCUCAGAGGCCAAGCCCAGACGCGACAAGAAACGCACCCGGCUGCCUGGGAGUCGGAACAAAGGCAACACACCGACGCUGGUCAGCAAUUCAUACUGA